GAAAAUACAGACAUGCUACCUUGUGACGGUGAACAGUGGUGGUAGUGAGAGCUGUAUUGUGCAUUUAACUCACAAGUCUGGAUGGGUUUGGAUGGGGACGACGCGCUAAGGAACAUAUGGCUAUUUACACAAUGGUUUUGUAUCAUUUAAUUGUGUUUGUGAAGGACAUUGAGUGAUUUAUGGACAUCUCUUUGCAGUUUAAUGGAUCGUACCUGUGUGAUGACCUGUUCGUGAACGGAUGACUCCUCUGUUAAAGUUUUCUCGGAUUAUUGUUGGUUCGUUUAGAGUGUGUGGUAUGUGUGUUUUGAACAGGAAUAAAAUAAGGACCAGCAGUGGUAUGCGCGUAAUGUAGCAAGAGUGAAGAUGGCUAGAAAAUUAGUUAUGUUAAGGACGUUGAUAGCUUCGGUGCUGAGGAUGACGUCGCCGGCUGUUUCAAGAUGCUGUCAACCUAAAUGUCGCCGAAACGUACUUGGACUUUUGUUGGUCGUUGCAGCUGGCGUUGUGUACCUGACUUACACUACAACAAGCAGUUCUCUACAGCCAGUGCCUUUUAUUCAGCGCCCCAAUUUCGUGAGCGAGGCUGAGAUCACUUCCGAUGUGUAUAACCUUGAUCCCUUAUCAUGUGCCAACGCGACCUUGUCCUUCAUGUUUUUAGAAGGUGAAGGUCAACGAACGACGUACAAUGCAGGGGAGAGAAUAACAGUGAAAGUGCAGUUGUUUGAUGGUUACGGACUGCCGAAGAAACGAGGAGGUGACUUAGUUAGAAUCUGGCUUCGAGAUCUUGCCGAGUCAGCAUGUUCAGCCGGUCACGUGACCGAUAACGAAGAUGGUACCUAUACAGGUGUUUUAAGAGCGGCUUGGGCUGGGCAACCGGAAAUUAUAGCCUCCAUUGCUGGACCGAGAGAAAGUUUAAAAAUUCUUUAUACAGUUUUUGAAGAUCAUCAAACAAUAAAACAUAUAAACGCAAUAUUUGCGGUGGAAGAGGAAGAUCUCGAGGUUGAAGAGUCUCCGUGUCUUCCAUUCCCAGAAGUCCCCGGGUACCGGAAUGUUUGUAACUUUACAGCCGAGAACUAUGGUCUUCCCUGGUACUGUGGGGCGCCGAGGUCUAUAAAUAUCACUUGUUUUGAUUGGAUACAAAUCGUUGUUCAUGACAACGCCGGCCAUCUUCCUUUGACCAAAGCGGAAAAAGUGAUAAUUGAAAGAAAUAACCACUCACAACUCCGAACCCGCCUCGUCGUUACAAUACGCGUUGAUGAGUCCGAUGCUUCAAGUGAUCCAGAUAACUUCGUCCCGUGUAACCAACGUCCCAUGAUUGACACUUGGGGUGAUGUGUCCCCCGUGGGCUUUUUUCACAAGUGGACGUGGGUCCCUGCAGCCUGCAAAGUCACCAUCGACACUGUCGACCACUACGAAGGCUGUUUACGUAACCGACGUCUUCUCAUAUAUGGAGACUCCACAACUCGGCAGUGGUUCGUACAUUUCCGGAAACUUCUGAAACUCAAAAUGGCGUCACAAAUGUUUGAGGACGGCCAGCCGUGGCACAAGCCAUGCCUAGCUGUCAAUACAUUUCACAACUAUUCAGUGUUCUGGGGGCCUCACGAACUCCCUUUCUACGGAGGACCCAACAGGGGUUUCAACAGACCCACGUAUGUUUACCUUGAUGAAUUACCAAAUCAUUCUAGGGAUAUUGUUAUAAUACACUACUACCUCCAUUUUGUGUCGUUCCAUCCGAGUGUGUUCACACGUCACAUCCGGCGUCUCUACCAAUCAGUGGAGUCUCUUGUGUCACGUGCCCCAAACGUUACCGUGGCAAUAAAGGGACCCCAUGCAAUGCAAGAUCUGCCUGGCCGACUGGAUGACUAUUGGGGCCCCGUGUAUGACAAUAUUAUACGUGAGACGUUUCGGCCAAUCAUGGACAAAGUGUUGUAUCUAGAUUAUUGGGAUAUGACUGUAGCGUCUGAGAACGAGAGUCUUCAUCCAAAUGAUACUAUCGUUUCCAAUAUGGUGCAUUAUAUGUUAAAUAUGGCUUGUAGGAAAAUACAUUUAUGA